GUCAUUAAUUGUGACUGUUAAUUGUUAUCAAUUAUUUACACCAAAUAAGUGUGUGUGUGUCUAAAUUUAUGUUGUACUCAUCAAACCAGAGGCUUAAAUCAAAUCAUUUAGUUUAAUCAAUCAUCCUAAUGUUUACCAAUCAUCAUUAUAAUCAUAAUCCGAUAUUGAUUAUCCCCUCAAGUGAUUAAGUUAAUCAUUUUGAUUGUGACCAAAAAAUUUCACUCAUUUAGUUGCCAUAAGGAUCAAACAGCAACCAGCAGCAAUCAACAGCAAUUAACAGUUUCUUUUUUUUAGUAUUUCUAAUAAUUUAAAGUUAAUCUUAGUUAAUUGUGACUUUUAAUCAACAACAAUCAACAUGAAAAUGAAUAAAUUAAUUACUCUCCUUUUAAUAACAAUCACAUUUCUAGCCAAUGGUCAGUGUGAGGAUCAAAGCGGAUUUAAUUUCUCAAUGUAUCGAGUUGGGCUUUUAGCUGGUGGUAAUCCAGAGGAUUAUCUUGAAGAUGAAUAUAUUUCAUCAUCAUCAUCAUCAUCAUCAUCGUCUUCGUCAUCAUUAUCAUCCUUGUCUUCAUCAUCUCUGCCAUUUUUAUCCUCAUCACCAUCAAUUUCAUCAGGACCUCCAGUCAAAGAUAUCAUGAGUGAUAAUGUACGUAACAAAGGUGGAUUUUUAAUUCAUAUUUUCAUCUUGAUUUACAUUUCCCUCUCAUUGGCUUUACUAUGUGAUUCCUACUUUGUCCCAGCUCUUCAAGUGAUUAGUAAAGGGCUAAAAAUACCCGAUGAUGUCUCAGGAGCGACACUUAUGGCCAUGGGCACUUCAGCACCAGAACUUUUCACCUCAUUAAUUGCACUAUUUCAAGGUGAAGGUGACAUUGGAACAGGUACGAUUCUGGGAAGUGCUAUUUUCAACCUUGUCGGUGUACCAGCGGUUUGUGGCCUGUCCAUUUACCUGUGGGGAAACACCCCGUCCAAGGUAUCUCCGUUUCCGGUUGUUCGAGAUUCAAUUUUUUACUCCGUCACAGUUUUGGCUCUUUACUUGACCCUUAAAGAUAAUAUUAUUGACCUUCCAGAAUCGAGUGUAUUAAUUUUACUUUAUGGAAUCUACAUUUUUAUCAUGUAUCUUAACUCGAGAAUAUCUCAUUUCAUCUCUACUCUCUCAAUGUCAUCUCUCGAUUCAAGUUCAUCUUCAGAGAUCAAUGAAGAAAAGCAACUUGUCGGUGGAGUGAUGGUGGAAAAUAUUCUAUCGGUUGGAACCAAAGAUAAAUUCAGUUUAUCUACCGAGUACAAUGUUCACCAUCAUGAUAUUGAACAUCGCAGCUACUCACCUUCAUAUGGUUCAUUCAAAAAUGAAAUUGAUCCGAUUGAUGAUAAUGAAGAUGAAGAUGUUGAUUGGAUUAUUGAAAUUCCAUUUUUAAAAUAUUUCCUCGCUCCCGCCAAUCUUAUCUUCAAACUGACCAUCCCUGACCACAACAAGUGGACAUCACUUACUUUCAUAUUUUCAUCAGUUUACAUUGGCCUUUUAACCUAUGGCGCUGUUUGGGCUGUUAAUCUGUUAGGUUACACUCUUGGUAUUCCCGAUGCUAUCGCUGGAGUGACCAUAAUGGCCGCUGCUUCAUCAGUACCUGAAUUAGUUUCCAAUAUAAUCAUCAUUAAGAAAACAGGUAAGGCAAACACAGCGCUUUCCAAUGCAAUCGGAUCAAAUGUAUUUGACAUUUUAAUCUGUCUCGGAGUACCUUGGUUCAUCCGGAUCGUAAUUAAUUCAGUUCAGAAUAUUAAUCCGACCUCAAUUCACCUUGAAAGUCGUGCCCUCCCCUUGACAACUUUAUCAAUAUUAACAGCGAUCUUGGGUCUCCUUGUAAUCCUAAGAUUAUCCCGUUGGAGAUUAGGAUUGGCUGUUGGAUUAAUGUCCACAAUGGUUUAUAUUAUUUUAACGGUUUUAAGUUGCUCACUUGGUGUAUCAAUGUAAUAGUAACUUUUUUGUUCACAAAUUCAUUUUUUACUAAUCACAAUUAACUAAAUUUUGGUAACUUAUUAAUACACAAUUAAUAUA